AAACCACACCCCCUACUUUCAAUGUUUUUUCUUCUUCCUUUUUUUUUUUUGCUCAGUAAUCUGCCUCUCUGUGAGAAAACCUGCAACAUUUCAUGUUAUCUUCUUCUAAAGGUUUGCUUUGUAUUUUUUUCCGCAACUUUCCGGGAUUCUUUGACCCUGUCGUUUUGCUCUUUUCUUCUCCUCCCAUCCUGUUUGACUUAGGUCUUUGCAUUCCCUUCAGAAGCAGUUUCGGUUCUUGGAAAUGGAUACGUUUGUAUGCGAUAAACUAAGCCAGUGGGGUUUCAGUGAGUUUAUUGAAAUAUUUAAAGAUCAAGGGGUUGACACAGAGAGCCUUUAUUGUCUUGAGGAUCAAGAUAUUGACAAGCUGAUAACAAAAGUGGGACCGAGAGCACGGUUCAAGAAAAGACUCAAUCGGUUAAAGGAAGAAGAAAACACUAAUGGUGAAAAAGAAGUUUGUCCUAAACCAUGUCAAGUGCAGAAUGAAGAUGCAACUGAUUUGACAACGAUUUUACCCUCCACGAGUAAUACAGGAAAGCGAAAACUUGACCUUCAGGAAGAAUCUAGCAUAAAGAAACCAAAGCGACAGCAUGAAAGAUUUCAAUUCACAGAAUCAAUGAUACUGAAUGAUGUGAAAAACAUAAUGACACAUGUUCAUGCUAAACUACAAAAUCAAGAGACAACAGAUCUUAAUGAAUUCCUUAUGACCAAAAUUAGAGAUUUGGAAACAGACAAAAGGGAGCUGGUUGGUGUUUUUGGUAAAACUGGAGCUGGAAAGACCUCAUUGAUUAAUGCAGUCAUUGGUGUGAAGAAACUUUUGCCAUCUGGAGAUGUAGAUGCAUGUACCUCGGUCAUGAUCAAAGUGGAGGCGAACGCUCUCAACUCAAAUUAUGAAGCAGAGAUCGAGUUCAUCAACAAAGAGGAGUGGGAAGAUGAGUUGGGGACUGUAGAUCGCUUUCUUGAGGAUGACGAAGAGCAAGAGAAGCAUGACGAUGAUGAAGAGAACGAUGGUCAUCAUGACCUUAUUGAGAAGCUUACAGCACUAUAUGGAGAAGAAUGGAAACAAAAAUCAUCACAACAACUCAUGGACAACAGAUACUUCAGAGAGAUUCCAGAGUUUCUUCAGUCCACAAAGAAGAUUUUAACUUGUGAAUCGGCUAUAGAGCUAUCUGCAAAAAUGUUGAAGUACACCAAACAAGGAGAAGACAAAGAUAUAAAAAGGUGGUACUGGCCAAUUGUGAAGUGUGUCACUGUCAAAGUGCCCCAAAAUAAUUUUCUCCAGCAUGUCACACUUGUGGACCUUCCUGGAAAUGGAGACCGUAACAAGAGCCGAGAUACAAUGUGGAAAAAGAUUGUUGUUCUACGGUGUGGAUCGUAUCUGAAAUCAACCGAGCAGCAUCUGAUAGAGAAUCCUGGGAGAUCCUGAAAAGGGCCAGUAAUUUCCUUGGAAACGGUGGCGAGUGUCGAAACAUUCACUUCAUCUGCACCAAGUCUGAUGUUUUAGGAGAGUUACAUGAUGCUUCACCAGCUGAUAUUCAGGCCUUAAUCGUAAAUAGAAACUUAAAAGCCAAGGAAGCAGUGGGCAAAGAAUUCAACAAG